GGCGCGCUCGGCGCUAGUCGUUGUUGGAGCGUGGAGUCGAGUGUGUGCGUUCUGAUUUCUGUGCGAUCCGUUCAGUGGCAAGUGUCAGACACAAACGGUGUGAAGGUGUUUCGUUGCCGUGACGAGCUCCCGCGAUCCGGCCUGGCGAGUGGGCGCAGCCUCAGGGCACUGACCGCGGACUCGGUACGACUCCUCUCUGCUUGCAGCCACCGACGCUGAUCUUCAUCACAGAUCUAUUGUUUAGAUCUGUCUUUAGUUUUGGCCGCAGCAGCGGCGGCGGCGGCAUGGAGUGCGGCGUGGCGGCGGCGAGCGCGGCGGGCGCGUUCCCGGCGCGCCCCCACCCCCCGCACCCCGCGCACCCGGCGCACCCCGCGCUCUCGCCCACAGAGCGCUCGCCUGCGAAAGCAGGUCUACAUGUCAAUUUUAGCGACAAAGGCGAAGUUAAGGAGCGCCGCGAAAAGUUUCUGACGGCAAAGUACGGCAGCCACCAGAUGGCGCUGAUCCGCAAGAGGCUCGCCGUAGAGAUGUGGCUCUACGAUGAGCUGCAGAAGCUCUACGAGUCGCCGGUACAGAGCGAGGGUGCGGGCGGUGCGGGUGCGGGGGGCGCGACGGGGGGCGACCAGGAGGUGGAGGUGGACAUCGACGAGCUGCUGGACAUGGACAGCGACGACCAGCGCCGCCGCCAUCUCACGGUGCUCCUAGCUGAUGCCAAGAAACCACAAAAAGAUGUAUAUAAAUUUAUAAACGAUCUAUUAGAAAAGGCGAAAACGCUGUAAGUACGUGAUAAAGGAACCAAAUCUCAAGAUGCCGCGGCGAGGCGCGGCGGUGGAGUAGUUUAAUUCAAGUUGCGGAUUUCACGCGCGAAUCAGCGCGGCGUGCGGCCGGUGCGGGCCGGUGCGGGCCGGUUGCAGCCACACUACGCACGGGGGAUGCUGCCACUACACAUUAUUAUUGUUUGGAACAAAAAAAAUAUUACUUACUUUUUUACGCUGCAACUUUGAAUAAUUAAAAUAUAACUAAGUAUGAUUAUCUACAAAUUUGUAACUAUGUAUAUCUAUGAAUAAGGCGGUGGCAGCGAGUUGCUCUCGACCACGCGAGAUACUCACAGGUUUCGAUUGCACUCCCGAGUCUUGAAGUCGCAGUCUAGAUAAAAUUAAUGUAAUGUAUUAUGUUCUAACGGUUCUAUAGUGUAAGCGUUUUAUAUAUAUUUUUAAGUAAUAUAGUUCAGUUUCUAUCUUCGGCCUCGACUCCCGACGCACGGGGACUAACAGUGCACUGAACAUAUCAGUUGUUACCUAUUUCAAGAAAUAUUUCUUAACAAAUUAUUUACUCGAUAUUCGUAAUAAUAUAAAGUACAUAUUUUACACACACGCAUAAAAGUUGUAGUACAACAACAAUUAAUGAGACAAACGUUCUAAAAGUAUUGCAUAAAAGGAGUCUCGGGAUUCCAAAUUAGAUUUAAACUUUAUAUUUAUUAACAGUUUAUACAUAUUCUGUGGUAUCAUUUUUUAUAUCGAAUAUCGAUAGUAUGAGUUUGCCACAUAGUAAGAUACAUAAUAGGUAUUUCUAUGCCAGCCAGCUGUUUCAAAAAUCUUGCUGCGUUUUUCUAUCGUGAUUUCUCAUGCGAUUACACACCUAAAUAAAUAUUUGCUUAGGCUUACUAUAUUUAACAUAACUUGCUUCUUGAAUCAAUUCCUUAGAAGCAUA